AUUCAUUCAUUCAAGAGUAAACCCAGCCCCCAUCAGUCAUCACCACCAGCUUAGAAGUUCCACACGAAGGAGAAAACGGAAGCCAUGACAAUUUGUAGCAGCAGCAGCAGCAGGGCAGUCCCAGCUAUUAACAAUUGUACAAGGAGAAGGAACGCAAGAACAAACAACUCUGCUGCUUUUACACCCCUUUUCAUUCGAUCCAUGGCUGCCCAGAAACCUCUGCCAUCUGCUACCAAAACUGUUAGCUCUAGAAAGGGCCCUCGGAGCAGCUCCUUAACGACUUCAUCGCCGAUAAAGCUACUGACAAGAGUGGAGCAGCUGAAACUACUAACUAAAGCAGAGAAAGCUGGCCUGCUAUCGGCAGCCGAAAAGUUGGGGCUCUCUUUGUCGACUAUAGAGAAACUGGGACUUCUCUCCAAGGCAGAGGAAAUAGGAGUCCUUUCUGCAGCAACAGAUCCGGGAACCCCGGGGGCUUUGUUGAGCCUCAGCUUAGUUCUGCUGCUUUCAGGUCCCUCGUGUGUUUACCUUGUCCCCGAGGACUACCCCUGGCAGAUAGCAUUGCAAGUUGUGGUUGCUUUACUCUCAAUACUUGGUGGGUCUGCGGCUCUUGCCACAUCAAAUUUUGUAUCCAACUUGCAGAAAUCAAACUGAAUAUGGCAGUUCCAACAAUGUGUCAAUGCCCUUUAUGGCUUUCAAUCAAUUUCUUUUUCCAUUUAGCAGCA